AUUUAUAAAUAUUAAACUCAAGUGGCUGUAUAAUGACAUUUGUACUUAAAAAGUAAUGCCAUUUGUACUACAUAACAAUAAAGGGGAAAUACAUGUUAAUACACAAAGUUACAAUGAGUCAAUAACCCAAUAAUAGCUAGUAGUCCUGGCACGUGCACAAAGUGAAAUACAAGCUCUGUUCAUAUAUUAUUAACAACAAGUAACACAAACCAAGUGGCAGCUUGUACUCGCUAGUUUACAAGUUUCUCGAGGUUUGAUGUUCACCCAAGGAAACUAUUUCAUGUCGCAGCGUUCAGUUUAUGCGAGCAGCAGACUGUUAUGGAUUUGGAUAACAUUGAAGGUCUGAAUGAGGUUCGUCUUGCAGUUUACAGAGCUGCUCUAAAGCUUCGAUCAUUGCAAAAACUAUGUCAGAUGAAUCUGGUGUUACUGCAGGAUUUGCGUCCAAUUUUGAACACUUUAUGGAGUUCUGGGGAAUCAACGAUAAGCCUUGCUCAAGAAGAUGUACAGCAGCAUCUAGAAGAGCUAUUCAGGAGUAUCUCCCCUGAACUUCCUGAUCAGGCGGUUACUGAAGCCACAGAUCAGACCACCAGGCUUCUCUUUAAACUGUUUGACAGAGGGCAAACUGGAGUUAUUCUGCUGAGGUCAGUGGAGGCUGCGCUGAUUGCCCUCUGUGGAGACACUCUCUCAGCUAAACAGAGGGCUCUGUUCAGACUGGCCGAGAGCUACAGUGGGAAUCAGGAGAGCGAUAGAGGCUCCAUCAGUCGCAGUGCACUCAGAGUCCUGCUGGAAGACCUCAGCCAGGUUCCGGCUGUGGUUCAAGAAAACCAUGUUUUUGGUCAUGCUGAAACUGCAGUGUCAUCCUGCUUUAACGGGGUAAUCAGUGCAGGUGUGACUGAAGAGCAUUUUAUAUGGUGGCUGCAGUCAGAGCCGCGUCUCCUCUUAUGGCUGUCCACACUCUACAGGAUUUCAGUGAGUGAAGCUGUACAACACAGAGUUCACUGCCAUGCCUGUAAAGCCUUUCCCAUCACUGGCCUCAGGUAUCGCUGUCUGAAAUGCCUGAAUGUACACCUCUGCCAAAGCUGCUUUCUGACAGAGAGACGCAGCAGGAAACACAAGCCCUCCCAUUCUGUGCUGGAGUACUGCACUCAGCCAUCCUGGAAGGAGUCGAUGGCAUCACUGGCGUCCAGCGCUCGACAUGCUUUAGUUCCUCGACACACCCGGAGGGAAGCAGAGAGGAAGAGAGCCUUGAGAGCAGGAUCUAGUGCAGAGCUGCGAUACAGUGCCUCGAAUCCAGCGCUGCAGUUUGCUGCAUAUGCAGACACACAUGAUGCUGCUGCUGAGGCAAGUCAGACUGCUGCUCCUGCUGCCGUUACAGUAGAGUCUAAAAGCCUGCAGACAGAAGAGAUACAGAUCCCUCAGAGAGAAACAGCUGAACUCCAGAAAGACAUCAGUGUUACCCAGAAGGCCAUGCGAGAUCUGCAGAGGGAUAAAUGGCUCCUGGAGAAAGAGUUUCAGGUGUGGAGAGUCGCAGCUCAGUCAGAGCACGAUUCAUUAGAGGACAAAUGCUCUGAGCUGAAGAGCAUGAUGGAGACGCUCAACCAACACAACCAGCAUCUGGAGGAAGAACUGGACACAGUCAGACAUUUGUUGAGUCUGAGGCACAAAGAAGAGCUCAAAACAUCCCAUUCAAACCUUCAACUAGAACAAGAUGGCAGCAUUAAUGAAAACAACUGGACACAACCUGGACUUUUAAAGCCUCAUGAAAGCUCCAGCACAGAACACGAAGUAGAGGAGAGAGGAACACGUCAGGAACGAAGGUUUGAAGAGGAGGAGGAUACUCUGUAUGAUCUUUCAGAGGACAUCUCCACUAAUCUGGACGACUCAGAGAGUAUUCUGCCGCAGGACGUCCAUACAGCUUUAGCACAGCGAGAAGAGGAGGAGCUACAGGAAGAGGAGGAGGGGCUACAUGAGAAAGAGGAGGGGCUACCAACAGAAGAGGAGGAGCUACAACAUGACAGACAGGAUCCUUCGUUUUUUCAUGGAUGCAUGUCGGAUUUUGCACCGGACGGACACUCGGAUGAUUCAGAGAUGGACGAUGAGGAGGAUCUCUGCGAGCUUGUACAGAGACUUCGAAAUGAGCUUUCUCUAUAUACAGCCUCAGGGUCAGUCUGUCUCCAGAAAGAAAUGCUGAUGACGGCAGCAGAGGGAGUCAGAGACUCCGUUUCUCAUCUCGUCACUUCUGUAAAGAGCUCCAGUUUGGCAUGAUGGUGACAAUCACAGCUUGCAAACAAACUGUGCCUCACAUUUGCACUAAUUACAUUUACAUGUCAUUCAUUAUAAUAAAGAGUUUGGAAUUAAAGGAUUAGUUCGCCCAAAAAAAAAAAGAAAAUUCAGCUAUUAAUUACUCACCGUCAUGUUCUUCCUUCGUUCAUCUUCUGGAACACAAGUGAAGAUAUUGUAGAUGAAAUCCUGGAGCUCUCUCAUCCUCCAUAGACAGCAAUAGCUGUUUUCAUCCAAACAUGCUAUU